AUGUCGUCCACUGUGAAUUCCAUACUUGUGCCCAACUACCAGAACAUUUCGUUCAAGUUUGAACCGUAUCUCAGAAAGGAGUUCAACUUGGCGUUGGAUCCUGAUAGACCAGUGUGCAAAUUUUUCAAAAAUGGUGGUAAAUGUCCUAAUGGCUCCAGCUGCUACAACAAACAUGUCAGUCCCAUGUUCAACAACAAAAUCGUUUGUAAGCAUUGGCUAAGAGGUCUUUGCAAAAAGGGAGACAGCUGCGAGUUUUUGCACGAGUAUAAUCUCAGAAAGAUGCCUGAGUGCUUGUUUUUCACAAAAAAUGGGUUUUGUACACAAUCUCCCGAAUGUCUUUAUCUUCACAUAGAUCCUCAAACAAAGAUACCUGAAUGUCCUGAUUACAAUGCUGGUUUUUGUAGAAAGGGUCCCAAAUGCGAAAAGAGGCACAUCAGAAGAAAACUUUGUCCCUACUAUUUGACUGGGUUUUGUCCAUUCGGAAAACGUUGUGAUAAUGGAUCUCAUCCAAAAUUUAAUUUACUUAAUGACUUUUUAAAAAUAAAAAGUGACGAGGAGUAUUUAGCUGAAGCAAAAGCUGAAGCUGGGGAAAAAGCAAAAGCAGAAGCAGAAGAAGCAGAAGCAGAAGCUCAGGUGCAAGCCCAAGCUCAAGCACAAGCUGACUCAAAUUCUAAAUCCGAAAAUAAAAAUGAAAUCGAACUCAAAACCACAUUAAGUCCAUCAGAAGAAAACAUUAAUCAGAAUAUGAAACUUGAUCUCAACUAA